CGUGAGUUCACCAGACUUGCAGGUUUUGCACCGGAUCUUGUUCGCACGAAGGCCCAGAGAGCUCAGCGGUUCAUUGACGGACUUUACCCAGCAGUCCGUCAUAACAUUGUGGGACAUGGGACACAGACGUAUGCACGAGCAGUCUCUAUCGCCCAGGAGGUUGACGCUAGUAUCAGGAGGGAGGCCGUUCGUGAUCGUGCUCAGCCAUCCGCCCCAGCUCAGCCAUUUGCAGCUCCACCAGCUCUACCAGCUCCUCAGUCAGCAAAGGAGAAGAAGAGGAAGGGAAAGGGUGCACCGACUGAUCGGAGGACUCGACAGCGACAGCAGCCGAUUCCACCGUGCCCGACUUGUGGUCGACUUCACAGGGGAGAGUGCCAUAUGGGACAGGACAUCUGCUACUACUGCCAUGAGCCGGGACAUUUUGCUAGUCGCUGUCCGAGGAGACUCCAGCAGCAGCCUCAGCAACUACCACAGCAGCAGCAGCCACGACAGCAGGC